AUGGGUUUAAUACAGCACAGAACUAGACAAAGCAUGCUGGGUGCCUUGCUGCUAAGUGCAUUUAAUCUUGAUAUUGGUCUAGAUGGCCUUCUUAUUCUCGCCGGCCAGCAUCUGACACGGCCUCCUCCGCCAGCUUUGCCAGGCGUUCCUGAGGAUCCUGUCCAGACACCUCAGCAUGUGAUCCUGACGCUUUCUGGCACUGUGCGCACCGUGCAUUCCGAAGCCGCCGCUCAGAGCCCGACAACGCGGUCCACGUCGAAAGCGCACGGAACUACCACGAUGAAAUUACACCGUCAUCCUAGUUUCUGCCGCAGCACCGAGAUAGAGAGAAUCAAGCCAUUACAACCUUCCAUCAAGUCCCCAUAUUAUGGCCCAGGGUGCUUUUUUGAAGACGAACAUGCGCUUCAAACCCCUCAGAAAGGCUUCAUCAUUUCAAAUCACGCCAUUGUGGCUAUGCGUGAGGUGGUUAGGGAGAUGGGAUACUCAAUCCCUUGUGACGCCUGUAAAGGUGUCAACAAAACGGUUUUGACGAGCUGCUUGCUUGUUGACCUUUACGAGCUUGCACUCGAGACACGGCCAGAUUUUCGAAAUUACAAGUGCUCCAACGCAUACCAGCAGAUCUGGGGGACUAUGGAAAAGGCUGUCAACAAUGUUGAGAAAACCCGCUGCGCUGGCGAGCAGGCACGGAAGAAGGUCACAACUGCAUGGGGCCGGGAGACGAAGAGCUUCGUAUCACACCAGAUGCAAUUGCAACACUCCGCAUUGCAGGAGAAGAAGCAAUCUCUAGUAUUUUUGCGUCACGCCGGCUGA